AUGGAGCGCAACCGAAAUGAUGACAUCCCGACCGCUACCAAGGUCGCUAUCUUGCUCGCACUUCACGACGCUGCCGUUGGUACCUCGCUACCCCAUGGGACCUUUACCCUGGUAGCAUUGAAGUUCAACUGUAGCCGCACAUCAGUAGCCCAGUUGUGGAAACAGCGCAGCCAAUGCAACGACGAUCCUGAUGUGUUCGCCGCCUUGGAGACCAAGCGGCGUGAACGUUGCGGUCGGCCUCGACUCGCCAACGAAAACAUCCUGAACGCCGUGACAAAUGUUGGACUCGAAUACCGCCAGUCAGUCCGCAGUGUCGCCUUCCACGCGAAUGUGUCCAAGUCGACGCCGCAUCGCCGAGUCCAAGAAGGGGUCCUGGACUUCUGA